AGAUCUGCGACGUGUCAGUAUCUUACACACGCUUCACACGCUUACACACGCUUACACACCAAGCUACAGGGGAUAGAAGCAGAAAUAAUGGCACCCAAAGGCAGUAAUAAGCAGCAGUCUGAGGAGGAUUUACUUCUGCAGGACUUUAGCAGAAACCUUUCAGCUAAAUCUACUGCACUGUUUUACGGGAACGCGCUGAUUGUGUCCGCCAUCCCGAUGUGGCUUUUCUGGAGGAUCUGGCACAUGGACCUGGUGCAGUCUGCUGUUCUGUACGCCGUCAUGACGCUAGUCAGCACGUACCUUGUGGCGUUCGCUUACAAGAACGUUAAAUUCGUCCUCAAGCACAAGGUCGCUCAGAAACGCGAAGACGCCGUCUCCAAGGAAGUGACCCGCAAACUGUCUGAGGCGGACAACCGCAAGAUGUCCCGCAAAGAGAAGGACGAGAGGAUUCUGUGGAAGAAGAACGAGGUGGCGGAUUACGAGGCCACGACGUUCUCCAUCUUCUACAACAACACACUGUUCCUCGUGCUGGUCAUCAUCGCCUCCUUCUUCCUGCUGAAGAACUUCAACCCGACAGUGAACUACAUUCUGUCCAUCAGCGCCUCGUCUGGACUUAUUGCUCUGCUGUCCACAGGCUCAAAGUGAGAGAGAGAGACCAGAGAAAAUAAAAUGGAGGGAGAAGAGGGUUGAACAACAGAGAGAGAGAGAGAGUGAGAGUGAGAGUGAGAGUGAGAGUGAGAGUGAGAGUGAGAGUGAGUGAGUGAGUGAGUGAGUGAGUGAGUGAGUGAGUGAGUGAGUGAGUGAGUGAGUGAGUGAGUGAGUGAGUGAGUGAGUGAGUGUGAGAGAGAGAGUGAGUGUGUGUGUGUGGGUGUGUGAGAGAGAGUGAGUGUGUGUGUGUGUGAGAGAGAGUGAGUGAGUGUGUGUGUGUGUGUGUGUGUGAGAGAGAGAGUGAGUGUGUGUGUGGGUGUGUGAGAGAGAGUGAGUGUGUGUGUGUGUGAGAGAGAGAGUGUCCAGGUCCAGUAAACAGGGUGCAGGAGACUUUAUCAUUUCAUCAGUGGACUUUCAUGAAAUUCAUGAUCCGUGUGAUACCGAGGAGUCGUUUCUGACUCUUUCACUUUUUAUACCAAUAAACGAGUGUAAACCCCGACCAUUAA